GCGGCGCGGCCCAGCCGGCGGGGACGUGGGUCUGUCGUGUCCGAGGCUGACGGACCGCUGGACUUGAGGACCAGGCGCCCGUGCGGGCCCGGAGUCCCCCGCACGCGUGGCGGUGGCGGUGGCGGUGGCGGUGCCGUGCGCGCCGGUCGGCGUCUCCCUCGCCGGCCGCCGCAGACUCCGCCCGGGGCUCCCCUUGCUGUUAGAUCGUGGGGAAGCCUUUCGCCAGCGCUGAACCGAGUGACUUUCAUUCCGGGCCUUUGCUGCCUGAGAUUCCCCAAUUCUGAACCAUCUGUCCUGGGAAGUUGGAAGGAGCACGUGAGCUGAGACCUGUCCUAACCGGAGGCGCGUUUCAGCCGCGUCCACGCGAGCGUUCUUCUGAAAUAGCUGUCAGGGUCACUUCUUCCAGAGACUGUACAGGCCAUUUGGAUUUCAACUCUGUUCUGAGACAAUGUUUUGAUAUGUAUCAAGGGUGAUAUUCUUAGGGGAUACUAACUUGCUAUGUGUUUCAAACUAGACUGCUUCAUACUGGAGCAUGAUCAUAGUAAAAAAUGACGCCUUUGAAACAUUUCAAUAAACACCCUCCUCCUUAGAAGCAUCUGCCAAAUUUGUUGUGCUACACUUUCACUUCGACAGUUGUCGUUUAUGAAGCCUCAGCACGAUUUAAAGUGGCUUUCUAGAAGAUGACCAUAGAGGACCUUCCAGAUUUUCCAUUAGAAGGAAAUCCUUUGAUUGCAAGAUACCCAUUUUUACUUCCAGGUUCUGAUACACCAGUUAUCUUUUCCAUUUCUGCAGCACCAAUGCCUUCAGACUGUGAGUUUUCUUUCUUCGAUCCUAAUGAUGCAUCAUGCCAGGAAAUUCUCUUUGAUCCCAAAACUUCAGUCUCAGAAUUAUUUGCCAUUUUAAGACAAUGGGUUCCUCAGGUCCAGCAAAACAUUGACAUUAUUGGAAAUGAGAUUCUUAAGAGAGGUUGUAAUGUGAAUGAUAGAGAUGGACUGACAGAUAUGACUCUCUUACAUUACACCUGCAAAUCUGGAGCUCACGGUAUUGGUGAUGUGGAGACAGCUGUAAAAUUUGCAACUCAACUCAUUGAUCUGGGAGCAGAUGUUAGUUUGCGGAGUCGCUGGACAAACAUGAAUGCUUUGCAUUAUGCUGCUUAUUUUGAUGUUCCGGAACUUAUAAGAGUGAUCUUGAAGACAUCAAAACCCAAAGAUGUGGAUGCCACUUGCAGUGACUUUAAUUUUGGAACAGCUCUGCAUAUUGCAGCGUAUAACUUGUGUGCAGGUGCUAUAAAAUGCUUAUUGGAACAUGGAGCAAAUCCUGCAUUUAGGAAUGACAAAGGACAGAUCCCUGCUGAUGUUGUUCCAGACCCAGUAGAUAUACCUUUAGAAAUGGCCGAUGCUGCAGCAACAGCUAAAGAAAUCAAGCAAAUGCUAUUAGAUGCGGUGCCUCUGUCAUGUAAUAUCUCAAAAGCCAUUCUUCCAAAUUGUGAUCAUGUUACUGGCAAGGCAAUGCUUACGUCACUUGGCUUGAAGUUGGGGGAUCGUGUUGUUAUUGCAGGACAGAAGGUUGGGACCUUAAGAUUUUGUGGAACAACUCAAUUUGCAAGUGGGCAGUGGGCUGGCAUUGAGUUGGAUGAACCAGAAGGAAAAAAUAAUGGAAGUGUUGGAAAAGUCCAGUACUUCAAAUGUUCCCCCAAAUAUGGUAUUUUCGCACCUCUUUCAAAGAUAAGUAAAGCAAAAGAUCGAAGGAAGAAUAUAGUACACACUCCUUCUACAAAAGCUGUACCUCUCAUUAGGUCCCAGAAAGUUGAUGCAGUUCAUGUAACAUCAAAAGUAAAUACUGGAUUGAUGACGUCAAAAAAAGAUAAUGCUUCUGAAUCACCACUUUCAUUGGCUCCUGGUGAAGAAUUGAAAACUGUAACAGAGAAAGGUGUUACCCUGCGUGGAUCCAUCAGCAGCUCCUCCUCUGCAUCUUCUUUGGAACACAAGCAGAGCUACCCCAAGAAAUUGAAUGCAGGCAGCAAUAGCAAGAAGACAGUGAGCACAAGCUCUUCUCUUUCAUCUAGAGCCAGUGCUGCAGGUUUGCAUUCCUCAUCAACAUCUGUAGCAAAUAAUCCCCGUUGUGAAGGAGAACUCCACCUUGGAGAGAGAGUGUUGGUUGUAGGCCAGAGAAUUGGUACCAUUAAGUUCUUUGGGACAACAAACUUUGCUCCAGGAUAUUGGUAUGGUAUAGAGCUGGAAAAACCCCAUGGCAAGAAUGAUGGUUCAGUUGGAGGUGUGCAGUAUUUUAGUUGUUCUCCAAGAUAUGGAAUAUUUGCUCCCCCAUCUAGGGUGCAAAGAGUACCGGACUCUCUGGACACGCUUUCAGAAAUCUCUUCAAAUAAACAGAAUCGUUCUUAUCCUGGUUUUAGGAGAAGUUUUAGCACAACGUCUGCUUCUUCCCAAAAAGAGAUUAACAGAAGAAAUGCUUUUGCCAAAUCAAAACCUGCUUUGUGGCGCAGCUGGAGCAGUACGACCACUGCAGGGGGCACUGAAGGGAGAGUGAAGCUGCACGAGGGGUCUCAGGUCCUGCUCACGAGCUCUAACGAGAUGGGUAUUGUUAGAUAUGUCGGCCCCACUGAGUUUGCUUCAGGCAUCUGGCUCGGGCUUGAGCUCCGAAGUGCCAAGGGGAAAAACGAUGGAGCAGUGGGUGACAAACGCUAUUUCACCUGCAAGCCAAACCACGGAGUCUUAGUCAGACCAAGCAGAGUGACCUAUCGGGGGAUUAAUGGGUCAAAGCUUGUGGAUGAGAAUUGUUAACUUAAACUUCUAAAAUAUUAAACGAGCUCAAAUAUAUAUGGUUUACUUUAUUUAGCCAUUAUUUAAAUUUUGAAAAUAUAGUUAUCUUCGUAAAAACCAUUAUAACAAUUCAGAGAGAUUCCUUCAAAAAGCCACAAGUAUGAACUCUAGGGAUCCUGGGUCUUUUAAAACAAUUUAAAAAUAAGUACUCUUUAAAGCUUUUAAAGCUUUAGGCCCCAAGAAAAUUCUGGGACUCAGGAAAAAAUGUGCCAUUAGGUGACCAACAGAUGCAUUACCUUGCUUAUUCUGUUUCAUUUUUGCACAUAACACUGGAUUUUUCAUAGUGCCAUAAUUUGUGAAGGUUUUCACUAGCUUUGGUUAACAUAUAAUGUUCAUGACCUUUUGCUGUUCAGCAUUUUUGGAGUUUUUCUUUUUGUGCUUUAUCACUAAUAAGUACAAUAAGAGAAUAGUAGCUAGAUGACUAGUGUAUUUUUAAUAUAUUUUUGGUAAAAGUAUUUAAGCUUUCAGGAAUGCCUCAUAUAAAGAUAAGUUAGAACUUUGGAGUUGGAAGGGAUCUUAGAGGCUCUUGAGCUCUGCCUCUUGCCCAUUGCCAGAUACUGAAAUGGAAGUAUGUCUUACUGAGGGUCACUAUAACUAGUUGGUUAACAGAGCUAAAAAUAGUAUGUGGGUCUCUUGACUUGUGGCUCAGUGCUCUUUCCUCCAUACAAAGUGUGUCAUCUCAGAUUUUUCUACUGCUGCUUGACUGCCUCAUCUGGAUGAACUACAGAAAAAGCCUUGAUUAAAAUUUAUAAAUUCAAGUUAUAAUUAGAAUUUUUUGCACAUACUCAUUUAACUUCCUUGUUGGAUAUAUUUGUAACACACACACACACAUGAAGCACUUUUGAAACAUGAUGCACUUUCAUCUUUGUGGAGAAUUUGCCAUCCUUUCCUUCUGAGACAUGAAAAACAUUUAAAAAAUGUGUUUAACAGAAGAGAGCAAAUUGAGAUGUGUUAGGAAGGGUAUAUUAGUUAUUCAUUUAAAUAUUUAUUAUUUCUGGAUUUUUUUAUUAUUCACUGGUCUGGUGUUGUGUUUGCUAUAGUUGAUGUUUUUAUAUUUAUAAUCGUUGCAGAGUUCAGCCUGUUAUAAAGCUACAGAACUGUAUCAUAUUUUUAUUUUCCUUCUUGAGCACCUGUUAAAAACUAAGCUUCAUAUUAGGGUCAUGUAAUAAUGUAAAACAUUUGUAUAGUGGAUAUGUAUUGAAGUUUAUGUCCUAUAUGUGUAAAGAUUUAUCUUUUAUUGUAAAUAUUUAGACUUUAAACUACCACAGAAAUAUUGGAACUGUUUGCUUUAUAAGAUUAAAACUAUCCUUCAGAGUAGAGCUUGCUUUGUGCUUAGAAAUAAUAUGUUGAACUAUUUUGCAAUAUACUAUUUUAAAUCUAAAUUCUGUCACUUUGCUGCUUUUUUAAAAAAGUGUGGUAUUUCAAAUAUUGCUAGAGCUAUUUUCCUGAAAUACAUUUGCAAAAUAAGGCUGCUUUAUAAUCAAGGAAUAUUUUUAUUGAUUGAAGAAAAUGCACUGUGAUUCCAAAGUAAACUUAUUUUAUUAUAUAGAUUAUUUCUUAAAAACUAUUUAUAACUUAACAUGAAAUCCAUGACUACCCCACACUUGGGUGUCUAUAAUUCUUCCCGUUAAAUAUAAAUCACUGUAAGUUAGAAACAGUAAUGCCAACACUGAGGUCAAAGAACCAGUUCUCUGAAUAUUUAGAUUAGGAUUAUUAAAUCCAUAUAAUGUGUAUGUUUACAUAUGCUAUACAUACAAAUUAGGUGUUUUCAUUUGUGUUUUGCUUAAUAAAUGUCCUUCAAAAUUCACUUCUUGAGCAUUAAUAAAAAGGGAAGCUGUU